UGUACUAUAAAAUUUUUGUUCGGAGUAGAAUUCAUAAAAAUUUAUUGUGAAAUUGUAAAUUUUCGAUCUCUACAUUAACUAAACUUCCGAAUCUCUCUCGUGUGCUCCAGAACUACACUUCUCUCUGAGCCAUGCAACAGAAAGCGUCUUGCAGCAAAACCGCCUUGGGGGACAUACAGCUUUGCGCCAAUUUUGCCGUGAGCAAAGCCAUCAACGAAGCAAUCGCAUGGAUAGUGUCCGAUCCCGCAGAGCAGUUCCUCUACAAAUAUCCACGGGAGUGCGAGGUACAAGCGAACAAUCGUUUAAAGCUCAUACCCGUUGACACCGAAAGCGCUUCCACUUCGGCGAAGGAGCGACAAAGCAGCAUACGCGCUGUUACCGAAACUAAUGCUAAUAAGCGCAUUGAUUGGUUUCGCAUUGACGAGUUCUCGCUGCAUCAGCUGGUGCAGCUGGUCUACGAUUACUUGAGCAUGUGGCGCCUCACGCCUAACACACAGUAUCAGGUGCAUCUGGAAAAGGAUGCGGUGAGCGAGCAGCCACAGGGCUGCACAUAUUGUCUGAGUGCGUACUUUUCACGUCACUUGCAACCCGAACUGGAGCAGCGCAGACCGCUGGCGAUGACCAAAGUGAACUUUAAGGUGCACGUAUCGCGUUUGCUGCCUCAAUUCUACCCGAUCAUGAUGACAUAUCGCUUUGAGAAUUCGAAUGCGGACUAUUAUGCGCUUGGCAGUCGACGCUUGCGACGUCUGGAUUUUCAGCGUUUCUUUAUAGAUAUGGCUCUGGAGACGAAGCUGGGCUUUUAUGCGCAGAUCUUAAAAACGCUCGCAUACGGCUACGUGCAGAAGAAGGGCCGAAGCGCAGAUAAACAUAAGGAAGAGUGGGAGAAGUGUAAGGAAUUGAAAUCGGCAGUCACCACCUUAUGCAUUUGCGCGGCUAAAGACAGUGAAAGCAGAUUGGCUGAGAGCAGCAACGGGUUAGAGACCGGAACUGAAAGGCAGCGGAAGAGUGAUAAUGAAACUCUGGCUUCUGGGUCUGGCUUCGAACUAUGACUACAGCUAGUAUGGAGUGAAAAUGAAUGGUUAUAGGGUGAACUGACUAGGAUUUGGCAGGGGCCGAAGAGACGAACAAGACGCAUGAGGUAUACUCUAAACAAGUUAAGAUUUCAUAUGCAUGACAUAGAAUGGAGGUCAAAAGAGACAUGUCUUAACGAAAAAUGAAAUUUAAAUCCAAAUAAAACCAAAAACGAUUUCAAAACUU